CCUCGCCGGCUUCAGCCGGAGACCAUGAAGAAGAUAUGGCACCUGGUGUUGUGCACUGCUGUCUUGACGACGCAGAAUGCCGCCCACAGGUUCGAUUCAUGUGGAAAACCAGCAGGCGUCGUCAUGACAUCCAGAAGUACAGCCUACAUGUCUAAGAUAUUGGCAAUGUGUGGGAAAUCUCUUAUCCUCAAGUACGCGGCCAGCAAUGAGGCCUUGGCACGGGGAAUCAACCUUUACUGUCUCAUCGCCAGGCUCUGCUACGCGUUUCAUGGGGACAGGACGUCGUACCCAGAACCAGAACGAAUGUUCGCAACGAGAAUCAGAAAUUGCAUUGUGAAGGCAGGACUCGUGACAGCAAGAUGGAACGAGCACUUGUUGCCGAAUAAAUCGGUGGAAUCUGUCGUACACGACGCGAACAGAUGCAUUCCUGACCGCAUGAUCCCAAAGGACGUCAAGCUUCUCACUUCUGCGAUGCGCUACGCCCGUACAUUACUAUGAAGAGGCGAAACUACAAUAAAAAACGUUAUUCCACUUC